AAGAUAGACAUCAACAACCCAAAACAAAACACAAAAAAAGAAAAAAAAAAUGCUAGCUUCGGUUCUUGUUUCCCUUGCCUUGGUAGCCGCAUGGCUCAUCUACACAAGGUGGUCCGACUCGAGGCGGCAGAAGCUACACAAGCUCCCUCCUGGGCCGCCUGGUCUUCCGAUCAUCGGCAACAUGCUACAACUCGGCCCAAACCCACACAAAUCCUUGGCUAACCUCUCCAAAACAUACGGCCCCUUGAUGCUCCUCAAGCUCGGGAACCAAUCCGCCGUCGUUGCCUCAUCACCCGAGAUGGCUAAAGAAAUCUUUCAAAAACACGGCCACGUCUUCUCGACGCCCUUCGUUCCCAACUCAGUGUGCGUGCACGGCCGCGGGGACGUCUCGAUGGCCAUGCACCCCGCCACCUCAGACUUAUGGAAAAAGAUCCGGCGAAUAUACAGAGAGAAACUGGUCUCCAAUCAAGCUCUCCAAGCAAGUCAAGAUCUCCGGCGAGAGAGGCUGCGGAAGCUCAACGAAUAUAUCAACACGUGCAGCGGAGAGGGCCUCCCUAUGAACGUCGGAGAAUCCGCCUUCACCACCAUGUUAAACCUCAUUUUUGCUACCCUUUUCUCCAUUGAAAUCAUCCAAUUCGGUGUUAUACAAAACAAAUUCGAAGAGCAUGUUAAGGCCAUCACAAGGUAUAUGGGAGUUCCCAAUGUUGCAGAUUUCUUCCCCGUCUUUGCUCCUUUGGAUCCACAGGGGUUGAGACGGAAGCUCGCUCAUCACUUCGGGAGCUUGCUUGAGAUAGUCCAGAGCCACAUCGACCAGCGACUGCAGGAAAGAACAAUGCCGUCUUACCACAAGAAGAGUGAUUUCCUUGAAACCCUCCUAGACCUCUCCCAAGGGAAUGAGUAUGAUUUGAGCGUUAAUGAAAUCAAGAAUUUGUUUGUGGAUUUAAUUCUUGCAGGAUCAGAUACAAGUGCGGCCACGGCAGAAUGGUCAAUGGUGGAACUAAUACUCCACCCUGACAAAAUGGAAAAGCUGAAAGCAGAGCUGAAGAGCGUUGUAGGAGAGAAAAGCAUUGUUGAAGAAUCAGACAUCUCAAGACUCCCAUACUUGCAAGCUACCAUCAAGGAAGUGUUCCGCCAUCACCCUCCCGCGCCUAUCUUAUGUCCUCGUGUCGCGGUGGAUGGAGCGCGAGUCAAUGACUAUAUAAUCCCCAAAAAUGCUAAAAUAUUUGUCAAUGUUUGGGCAAUCAUGAGAGAUCCAAGCAUCUGGAACGAUCCGGAGAGCUUUGAGCCUGAACGAUUUUUAAAUAAUGACAUAAAUUUUUUAGGGCAGCAUUUGGAGCUAAUUCCAUUUGGUUCAGGACGGAGAAUUUGCCCGGGCUUGCCAAUAGCUAACCUCAUGUUCCACUCCAUGGUGGCAACGAUGUGCCACAACUUUGAUUGGAAGCUUGAAAAAGGGUCAGAAUCCAAAACACUCCAAAGAGAAGAGUUUUUCGGACAAGUACUGCAGAAGAAAACCCAUCUUAAAGCAAUUCCCAUCAAGGUUUAAUGAUUAAUAUAUCAUAUGAUGGGCUUUCAUGAUUGAUAUUAAAAUAAAUAUGGAAGACAUUGUCAUGAUCAGAUGAGACAUUUAGUAUCUCUUAUUACUAGAUAUACUGAAUAAAUUUAAUAAGAUCCUCGUGAGAUCCUCUGCAGUGUAUUAAAAUACAGCAUUUGCUGAUGUGCUUAAAAUGCACAAAACAAUAAAUAAAACGCCAACUUCUUGCUUUUCU